AUCACACUUUAUCUAUGGAAACCCUAAAACGAGUGUUCUCCGCCUCUUUGUUUCAAACUCUCUCCGGUCUCUCCUCACUCUUCUUCUCUCGAUGAACACGAAACAGAGCAUUAUUUCUCCAUUCUCGAUUGUUUUCCGCCAUGAAAGGAGCUCUUAGAACUCGGAGGAUCCCACACACCCACACGCAACACCAACAGUGAAAUCUUCUCAAUCUUUCUAGCGAAAUCAAACAAGACGCAAACAACAAUGAAAAACCCUAAAUCCCAAAUCAAAACCAACCCCAAUUCAAUAUUCAAUAGUGAUUACAUUUUACACGAUGGAAAUCGAAAAUUGCAAGAAGAAAUAGAAAAGCUACGAAUAACAGAAGAUCCUCAGGUAUACACUUUGCUAUUUUACUCGAUUCUUCCUCUUCUUUGCAGUUCUUCGAGCUCAUCUCCUUCUUCUGCAUUUUCUUGGUCUGCUGCGUGUCUGUUGAUGUCGUAAUUUGUUUCAGUUUAGUGAAGUUGCAGUUCUUACAAAUGACUAUCAUUGAAGAGAAAGGCUUUGGAAAGAGAAAGAGAAAGAGAAAGAGAAAGAGAGAUACAAUGGCAGCAGGUGAAGGUGGUGGUGGAGGAGGUGGUGAUGGAGGAGGAGGUGGAGGUGGUGGAGGAGGAGGAAAAGUUGAUGUGUUUCAACCACAUCCUGUCAAGGAUCAACUUCCUGGUGUUGAUUACUGUGUUACAAGCUCACCUUCAUGGCCUGAAGGGAUUUUACUUGCGUUUCAACACUACCUUGUUAUGCUUGGAACCAUUGUCAUUGUUUCAACUAUACUUGUUCCUUUGAUGGGUGGUGGCGAUGUGGAAAAAGCUCAAAUGAUACAAACACUACUGUUUGUUGGAGGCAUUAAGACAUUGUUGCAGACUUGGUUUGGAACAAGGCUUCCUGUGGUUGUAGGAGCAUCGUUUUCUUUUCUCAUUCCUGCUAUUUCUGUUGCUCUUUCAACCAGAAUGAGUGUGUUCCCUGAUCCUCAUGAGAGGUUCAGAAUGGUGUUAGUCGUGUCACAUGGAGCCCUGAUGGAAGUUUUGUUGGUGUUGCGUUUACUAAACAUUUGAUUCAUUUAUAUGCAUACACCAACUCAAAUGAGCUAACCCAGCGUAUAGAGGUGACAUUCUUCUCAUGAUGAACAAAGCAAAAUUUUGAUUGCAGUUUUGGGUUACAUUUCUUUGUCAUUUGCUCAUGUUGGUGGUGUGAAUGAUUUGUCAUUUGCUCUUCCUAAUAAACAGUUGUGCAUUGUAACUUGUGGAGAUGAUAAGUUGAUAAAGGUGUGGGAUGCAAAUGGACGAAGACUAUUCACUUUUGAGGGGCAUGAGGCACCUGUAUAUUCAAUCUGUCCUCAUCACAAAGAGAACAUUCAGGUAAUAAAGUAGAUAUCAUUAUUGAGGUACUUAUAAAUUUCAAUGUUUUUCUUUGGAAGGUUAGAUGUAGAUUUCACUUACUAUAAUUUGUAAGAUCUAUAUAAGCCACAACUGAAGUAGAGAAAAUAAGAGGUUGAAUGCCGGUUGUAAAUAGCUUAUUAUUCUCUCCUUUUUAGUUGUCAAUGCUGUCAAGAGUUAGAUUAAAUAUAACCUAUCCAUUCUACAAAUUAUUAACAUAACUAUAUUUAUGUGGAACUAAUUGUUUAUAGUGUUUCAUGUGCUUUUGAAAGGUAUAAAGUUACUCUUAUUUCUAGGCUUCAAUUUUGCAAACAAGGUGUUUGUUGAAAUGUCUCUACAAGUUUGGCUAUGAUUUGUUGAAAUUAUUUUCCGAGUCUCGAUAUAAACUCUUGCAUACAUACCAGCUUCUAGCCUCAAACCAAAUGCCUGACUGCCUAACUAAUGCAUGCCAUUAACCAUUCUAAAACACAAGCUAUAGCUGCACUGCUAUAUCAGGUCAUAAUGAUUUCAUAUCUUAUAAUACAUGCCCUCUAAUGCAAAAGCACAUGUGGAGAAUGCACUGUUUCAUUUUUUUAUGUACUGAAAUUUUUAAUUUUAUCUACAAGAAUGGAUGCAACAAGGACUGAACCACAUGGUCAAAUGAAUUAUUUUAUAUUCUAAUGCAUGCAUAUUCAAUUUUGAUAUUAGUAGUUAGUGUUUCAAAUGUUAAGGACCAAUUAGUUGAACCAAGGAAUAAGUGCUUCUACUACUUGGUUCCAACAAUUAGUCCCUGCAAUUAACAUCUCAUCUGCUUUAUAUGGAUUCAUUUCAUUAAUUUAAUCAUAUCAUCUUAUGCAAAUAGCAUAUUCAAUCUAAGAAUGUUAUUUGGUCACAAUUAAACCAUGACAAAGUUGACUUAGUAUCGUAGGAGUCGUCAUCAAUAUAUAUAGCCUCGAGAGUAAGUCUUAGCAACAUGUUUAAAAUACAAGGCAUAUCAAUGUGAUUUGUUCAUUGGUUCCACUGCUUGCAACUUCAGCCGAGCAGUUAAAGAUAGGCAACGUUAGGAGGAUCAAUCUUUAAUGUGGAGAAUUUUUUUUUGUUUUGGUUAUGAUAUGAGAUGUUAACUUUGGUUUCUUUCCUCUAACAUUUUCUCUCUUUUCAAAUAGGUUGAAAGUUAAAUGAGAUGUUGUGGUGGUGGUUGUGGAGUGUGAGGAAGGGAAGAAAAUCUUUGUCUGAUUCUAGAUUUUUGUUGGGUUGGGUGCAAAGCUUUUUAGUGUAUGUGAGUGUGAGAUAGUGAGAAUGGGUUGAAUAGAUGUUUCUUUUUCUGUGACUAUUAAAUAUAAUCAUCUUUUACUAUUGUUUAUUUGAGACAUACUUUGUUUAGUGGUACUUUCUAUGUUAUUAAGCAUGUGCAGUGUUUUCUAUAAAAUAGAAGCAGUGUUUGGUCUAUAAAAUAGAAGCAGUGUUUUCUAUAAGAUCUCUCUGGUGAGAAAUUAGUUUACAUUCCAAUGAUCAAUGAAAGCUAUGUUGGUAUUAAGCAUAAAUAUGCUUACACACAAGUAGUUGAUCCCACUGCAAACUCCACCACUCAAGGUAAAUAAUUAACAAUAGACUAUAGAGUAUAAGUUUAUUCUUUCAUAUUUCUUAAAUAAAUAUUUUAUAACAUGGUUUUGCUGUUGUGUUAUUUAGAUGUGCCAAAAUAUGAAGGUUUAGCUAAGCUUUAUUUAGAAGAAUCAAGUGAAGAGUUUUUUAUGUCAAUGGUAAAAGAUAAAGGUAUAAAGAUGGAAUAACAUAUGUUUUGAUUUAGCUCUUGUUUUGGAUCUCAUGGUUGUUUUGAAUUUGGGAUUUGAAUUUUGAAUUUGGGAUGACAUCAAAACUUAGUAUCCAACUAUUAUUAGUGGCACUACAAAAAAAACUUACUUUUGACCUUAAUGUUAAUUUGCUUGUAAUUAA